CCCCCCCCUGCCGCUGUUUCCCCCGAAAUGGCGGCGAUGCCGGCGGCGGGGGGAGCGUGACCCCCCCAGCUUGCGGGGGGACCCUCCAUGAUGGGGGGGGGGGGGGUUGUGGAUGCUGUUGGGAUGGGGAGGGGCCCCAAACCCUGGCUGUGCCCCCCCCAGCAUCAGGGGAGGAAACUGAGGCACAGGGGGGCUGGGACCCCCCUUGGGGUGCAGGUGGGACCCCCCUUGGGGUGCCACCGUGUCACCCCAUCUCUUUGCCGCUCCCUCCCCCCCAGCAGGGCCCCCCCGUCUGAGCGUGCUGGGACGGUGGCCAUGGACACAGAGGGGGGGUCGCCCCCCCAGGACCCCCGGACCCCCCAGGACAGCGAGCGGCCGCAGGGGACGUCGGCAGCCCCCCCCAGCCCCCCGAGGCCGCGGCGGAAACCGGCGGCGCGCGGCGCCACCAGAGCAGCGGGGCGCGCGGGGGCCCUGGCGCCGCUGGCGGAGCUGCUGGGGCUGCGGGGGGGCCGCCUGCGCCCCACCAUCUGCAGCGAGUGCGGCAAAGGCUUCAGCCGCAGCUCGGACCUGGCGCGGCACCAGAUCACCCACACCGGCGAGAAGCCGUACACCUGCGGCGCCUGCGGCAAGGGCUUCAGCCAGAACUCCAACCUGCUCACCCACCAGCGCAUCCACACCGGCGAGAAGCCGUACGGCUGCGGCGCCUGCGGGAAGCGCUUCAGCGAGAGCUCGGCGCUGGUGCAGCACCAGCGGACGCACACGGGCGAGAGGCCGUACGGCUGCGGGGAGUGCGGCAAGCGCUUCAGCGUCAGCUCCAACCUCGUCCGGCACCGCCGCACGCACAGCGACGAGCGGCCCCACGUCUGCGGGGAGUGCGGCGACGGCUUCCGCCACAAGGCCCAGCUGCGGCGGCACCAGAAGCUGCACGUGGCGUCAAACCAUACAAAUAACGCGAUCAAUACACAAUUUCCCCGCUGGGGGGGGGGCGGGGGGGGGGGAGGGGGGGUCCGCUUGUUCCCCCCCCCUCCCGCGCUGUGCGUUUUGCGGGGCGUCGCGAGCGCGCAUUCCCCAAUUCCGACGCUUUUUCCCCCAUUUUCUCGCUUCGCCCAGCGGAAGCAAAGCCCGGGGCCGCGGGGGGGGGACGGGAGGACGCUGGGACCUUCCUGUUCCCGGCCCCCCCCCCGACCGCAGCGGCAGCCCGGGGGCCUCGCCCGCCCUCCCGCCCCCCCCAGCGGAGCCUCCCCCCCAGGAGCCCCCCCAGGAGCCCCCCCAGCCCCAGCGCCCCCUUCGCCGCCCGCGCCCGGAGCGUCGCGCUGCGAUCUCGGAGCAGCGGCCGGACCCCCCGACACCCCCAGAGGGACCCCUGUGGGCGCUGGGGGAGCUCAGGACCCCCCCGUGGGCGCUGGGGGAGCUCAGGGACCCCUGUGGGCGCUGGGGGAGCUCAGGACCCCCCCGCAGGCCAUGGAGCAGGAGGAGCCGUGCGUGGUGGAGCUGCAGGACUCGGACGAGGGGGACGUGGUGCGGAGGGUCUAUAUCGCUGACGACGGCAUCGUGAGCGACUGCGAGGACGAGGUGCUGCCCCACGAGAUCAUCCAGACCGUCAUCCCGCACAGCCCCCUGCCCCCCAAAGCCAAGCGGCGGGGGGGGCAGCCCGGCUCGGCGGCCGCCACGUCGGCGGGGGGCUACGGCGAGGAGGGGGAGGGCGGGGAAGGCGCGGGGGGGCGGCUGCGGGGGGGCCGGCAGCGGCCGUUCAUCUGCAACGAGUGCGGCAAGAGCUUCAGCCACUGGUCCAAGCUGCUGCGGCACCAGCGGACGCACACGGGCGAGCGGCCCAGCACCUGCGGCGAGUGCGGCAAGAGCUUCAGCCAGAACUCGCACCUGGUGCAGCACCGGCGCACGCACACCGGCGAGAAGCCGUACCGCUGCGGGGACUGCGGCAAGAGCUUCAGCUGGAGCUCCAACCUCAUCCAGCACCAGCGCAUCCACACCGGCGAGAAGCCGUACAGCUGCGGGCAGUGCGGCAAGAGCUUCACGCAGAGCAAGAACCUCAUCAAGCACCAGCGCACGCACUCGGGCGCGCGGCCCCACCGCUGCGGGCACUGCGGCCGCGGCUUCGCCCAGAGCACCAACCUGCUGAAGCACCAGCGGCUGCACGCGGCGCCGGCGCCGUGCCCCGAGCGCGGGCAGAGCCGCGGCGCCGGCGGCGAGCUGGAGCGGCACCGCGCGCCGGCGCACGGGCGCGAGCCCUUCAUCUGCGUGGAGUGCGGGGAGAGCUUCGCCCGCAGCGCCACGCUCAACCGCCACAAGCGCGUGCACAAGCCGCUCUUCGCGCGCUGAGCGCGGCGACGGCGUGGGAAGGACGCGCGGACGGUGCCGUGGGCACGGGGACGGCGCGGCAAGGACACACGGACAGUGCCGUGGGCACAGGGGCACAGUGAGGACACACGGACAGCGCCGUGGGCAUGGGGACAUGGUGACAGCACGGUGAGGACACACGGACAGUGCCGUGGGCACAGGGGCACGGUGAGGACACAUGGACAGCGCCGUGGGCACGGGGACAUGGUGACACCACGGCAGGGGCACACGGAUGGUGCCAUGGGCACAGGGACAUGGUGACGCCACGACGAGGACACACAGACAGUGCUGUGGACACGGUGACACCACGGCAAGGACACACGGACAGUGCUGUGGGCAGGGGGACAUGGUGACAGCACAGCGAGGACACACGGACAGUGCUGUGGGCACGGGGGCACGGUGACACCACGGCAAGGACACACGGAUGGUGCCGUGGGCAGGGGUCAUGGUGAUGGCACGGUGAGGACACACGGACAGUGCCGUGGGUGGAGGGACAUGGUGACAGCACGCCAGGGGACGCAGGACAUGGUGACACUAUGCCAGGGGACACACGGACAGUGCUGUGGGUGGAGGGACAUGGUGACAGAAUGCCAGGGGACGCAGGACAAGGUGACACCACCCCAUGGACGCAGAAACAAGGUGACACUGCUCCAGGGGACAUGGGAGCAGGUGGACAAGGUGACAUCACCCCAUGGGACACGGGACAGACAGACAAGGUGACAUCACCCCAGAGGACACGGGACAGACGGACAAGGUGACACCACCCCAGGGGACACGGGACAGACGGACGAGGUGACACCACCCCAUGGGACACGGGACAGACGGACGAGGUGACACCACCCAGGGGACACACGGCCUGUGCUGCGGGCAGGGGACAAGGGGACACCGAGCCACCCGCAGCCCACUGUGCCUCACGUGCCCCCCAUGGACACGGGCUGGACCUCAGCGCCCCCCCGCGGGGUCGCACCCUAUAGAUGUACAUAUGGAACACGGUGGGGGGGCACGCGUGGGGGGACACCCCCGGGGUGGGAACGUGGGGGGGACACGGCCUUGGAAUAAAACUCUUCUGUUUGGGGA